CUGACGUCAGCCCGCAGCCCCGCUCAGUCGAGGGCGGCCGGCGGCGGGCAUGGCUGGGGGGCGGCGGGCGGCGGGGCUCGCCCUGGGCUGGGGGUGCUGCUGCCUCUUGCUCUGCUGCGCAGCUAGCAAGCUGGAGGUCUCCAUGCCAGCAGUGGUUGAAGUGGAGAGCGGGGGCACGGCCAGGAUCGAGUGCAACUUCUACGUCCCUGGAAAUGGUUCCUAUGCCUACAUCAACUGGUUCUAUAUCGAACGCAACAACCGGGUGAGGCUGUGCCAUAUCAUGGGCAGCGAGAUCGUGGAGGAGAACAUGGACUACAAGGGGCGUCUGUCAGUGGGGGAGGACAAGGCCCUCUCCAUCAGCAGGGUGACGGUGCAGGACACCAGGACCUUCGUUUGCCAGGUCGGGGCAGGCAGCCAUGGCGUGGGCGAGAACCAGACAGAGCUCCGCGUCUACAAGGUCCCUGAGGCCCCUGAGAUCACAGCUAAUUCAGGAGGAGUCUCUGUGCAGAGCAUUGAGAUCCCACAGAUUGCCCAGUGUGUGAGCAGGAACAGCUUCCCGCUCCCCAACAUCACGUGGCACAAGGAUGGGGAGCAGCUGCAGCCAAAGGAGAAGAAGGUGAAGAUCCUGGCCACGCUGACCCGUGAGUCGAGUGGGCUGUACACAGUGGUCAGCACCCUCUUUGCCCGCGUCACCCGGGCGGACCGCAACUCCCUCUACCACUGCACCGUGCUCUACUGGCUGCGGGGACAGAGCCAUGCCGUGGAGUCACGGCAAGUCAAGGUCAACGUUUUCUAUCCUGCGCAGCAUGUGAAGCUGCAGGUCAUGCCAUCCUCUGCCCUGGUGAAGGAAGGGGAUGAUGUGAAGCUGGUCUGUGAGGCUGAUGGGAACCCAGCGCCUGUCUUCAGCUUCUAUAAGAUAGAGCUGGAUGACAGCUGGCAGGACUUGUCUUCGCUGGCAGACUCCAACAGUGGGGUGCUGAACUUGCACAAUGUCACUAAGAGCAGCAGCGGCCUAUACAGAUGCCAGACCCUAGACUUGGAUGAUAUGAAGCAGCUAGAGAAGGAUGUGGAGCUUGUUGUGAACUAUAUUGAAGGGGUCAAUGUGAAGAUGGAGCCGUCCUCACCCCUUCAGGAAGGGGAUAGUGUGAGGCUGAGCUGUGAUGCCCACAGCCCUGUGGCCCUGGACUACCAGUGGAGGGAUGAGAAGGGCAGGAAGGUUGCUGAUGGGAACCAGCUCUUCCUGAGCAACCUCACCUUUGAAACCUCCAGCAACUUCAGCUGCAAGGUGAUUGCACCAAGUGUGCCGGGGCUGGAGCAGAGCAAGCAGGUGGCCGUGGCUGUUCAUGGGAAGCCGCGAAUCGUCGCCAUCAGCUCCCCACUGUACGUGCGGCAGGACGAGGUGGUGAACUUGACCUGCAAGGCCAUCGCUUUCCCCAGGCCUUCUCUCCGCUGGAAUGUCAACGGGACAGCUCAUGAGUAUUUUGAAAAUCAGCACAUCGCCAGCAACCUAACAGUGCGUGUGAACCACGACCUGCUGCAGGCAGGAGCCAUGUGCAGGGUCUUCAACGCACUGGGUGCCAGCGAGAAGCACAUCCAGCUGCUGGUGGAAUCCGUGAGAAAAGCUGAAAAGACACCAGAGAGCAAAGGGGUGAUCAUUGUGGCGAUCAUCGUCUGCAUCCUCGUGGUGGCUGUGCUGGGGUCUGUCAUCUACUUCCUGCACAAGAAAGGCAAGAUCCCAUGUGGCCGUGCUGGAAAACAGGACAUCACAAAGCCAGAGGCUCGUAAAGACAAGAUUGUAGUUGAAGUUAAGUCAGAUAAACUUUCCGAAGAGGCGGGGCUCCUGCAGGGUGCCAACGGCGAGAAGAGACCUGCCGCUGACCAGAGCGAGAAAUACAUCGAUCUGAGAAACUAGAGACGGAAUCUACUAAGUGCUUUCUUCUUUCAAACUUUUCCUGCUCUUGGAUUGCCUUGUCCCACCCCUGCUCCAGUACCUGGGGAGCAUGGCCAGAGACAAUUACUGCAUUGCAGUGCUGAGCCCCAACACACGGGGGCUCACGCCCCCUUGAUUCGCCUGUCCAUUACCUCAACCGUGGGCUUGCAGGUUGUCGACUUAGCAGCAGCAAAGCUGGACUUGCUUACUACUACAGAGAAGCCAACAACAAUAUUAUAAAGAAAUAUCCCAUUAAGCUACCUGGUGGAAGGAUUUGAGGCUUUUUCAGGAAAUCUGUCCUGCAUGUGUGUGGGAAGGUUUUGAUAUGUUUUACUCCAAGCUUGCUGAGAAAAGCUGGUGAAAUUUUACUUUUACUUUUGGGAUGUCCCAGGUACCUUAGAUGUAGCAGUGUGCAGGUUAGAUGAGCGAAGAAUGGAAGUGGUGUGUUAGAGCAGUGUUUGCCAGCUGCUGGGGAGGUGUUAGUGCUUUGCUUUUCCUUUGAACUCUUCUUGUCUUGUUGGUUUAGCCCAGCAUGUCCAGGCGGUGCUGCACAGGUCGGGAUCUGCACGACAGGUAGCUGUGAUCCUAAGGGAGGGAAGUACCUGGCAGAGCAAGGACAGGGGGUGCCCAUCUCUCCAGCACAUGCCAGACCAAGGGCUUGGGUUCUCUGGUUUGUAGCGUAGCCUUGCUGACACGAGGUGAGAGGGCUUCCCUCUCCCCAGUCCCCAGGGAAUUGGAUUGCUUUUAGGGGGGCUGCACGGCUGCUAGCUACAGCAGGUCCCAGAGCCCCACCUCCCCCAAAGUUAAAAUUAGGCCAGGGCCAGUUGGCUAUGUCUCAGGGGAUUUUUUUUUUUUUUUUUUUUUUUUUGUGCUGAAUGAUUACCAGCCCCAGGUGGAACCAGUUUAUUUCCGUGCUUUGGUGGCACCCCUGGCCCCACAGCCAGGCUGGUGCUACAGCAGCCCAGCAGUGGAGAGGGCAAUGGGCGAGCGGUCUGCCUUUAGCUUCCGCUGCUGGGGCCUGUCCCAGCUCUCCGCCUGCAAACAUGGCUCACUCUCCUGCCUCCUCCUAGAGAGAUCAGCCCUUCCAAGUCAUACUCGCAGCGCUGUGCUGUCCACAAGCCUAUCUCCCCCCCAGCUCUUUGGCAAGGGGCUGAGGCUAACCCUGGGUAGCAGGAGAGGUGUCCCCUUGCGCACCCCCAGCAUCCUCUGCCGGUAGCAGGGAGCCGUGCAGCAGCCCGGUGGCCAGCGCCCUAACAAGUGGUGAGCUGUACUCGUGAGCUACAAGUGUUGUUGAAGCAAAAGCUUUGGUUUAUAUAUAUUUUUGUUGGAUUGUGUGUAAAUUUCCAGAAGUUUUGUCUGAUACUUGCAAGGUUUUUUUUAAAUAUGUGAAAAUAAAGUACAAAGUUCAAAGCCA